AUGGCAUCAAAAAAAGUUUUAAUCGGAGGCGGUACAGGCUUUAUUGGAAAGCACUUGGGACAAGUAUUGACAAACAAAAAAUAUACCAUUGUAAAUGUAUCUCGAAUGCCAAGCACAAAUUCAAUCACAUGGACAGAUGUUGAAACUAGUUUACCUAAACAAACAAAUGCAGUAGUCAAUCUUGCUGGACAACAAACAAUGGAUUUUACUAGGAGCUGGACUCCAGGCUUUAAACAAAAUGUUAAAAAUUCAAGAGUGUUUACCACAAGGGCUUUAGCCACAGCUAUCAAUAAAAGCAAUAAUAAACCUAAAGUAUAUGUUGUUGUCACUGGAGUGGGUGCUUAUGAGCCUUCGGAGAUUAAAAAGUAUGAUGAAUUCAGCCCCACAACAGGCAAUGAUUUCUUUUCUAAACUCUUAGUGGAAUGGGAGGAAGCUGCUAAAGUGGACCCACCAGUGAGGCUUGUUAUAAUCAGAUCGGGAGUUGUCCUUGGACGAGACGGUGGAAUGAUAAAAAAUAUGAUUCUACCAUUUUUCUUUGGUCUUGGUGGUCCACUUGGUUCAGGAAAACAAUAUCUACCCUGGAUACACAUCGAAGACUUGAGUCGGCUCAUAACAUUUGCUAUAGAAAAUGAAAAUGUCAAGGGGAUAUUAAAUGGAGUAGCGCCACAUGUGGUGACGAAUGGAGAAUUUACGCAGGCAUUUGCGAAAGCGUUAUCAAGGCCAGCAUUGUUUCCGGUUCCGGAAUUUUUACUGAAUUUCCUCUUACACGAAGAAAGGGCAAUGUUGAUGACAAAAGGACAACAUGUAACACCGAAAAGAGUUUUAGAAUAUGGCUUCGAAUACAAAUACGAUAAUAUUGAUGCGGCUUGCAAGGAGUGCGCACAUCUGUUUCCGAAGAAAUAG